GGAGUGGGCGCUGAGUCAAGAUGGCGCUGGCGGCCAGGCGUUGGAGCUUUGCUCUCAUCAGCCUGUCCUGGGCUCAUAGGCAGCCCGGAGCCGCGCGCACGGUGAAACGGUGCCUGACGCCUUCCUCUCAGCUGCCCACCCUCAGGCCGCUUCCCUGGGCCAGGAGCUACAGCACCGAGCGGGACUCUCAGCAGCGGCAGCGGGGUAAGAAGGUGGUGGUGGUCGGCAUCCCCAAUCCAUUCACUUGGGCCCGGACCAAGAUGUAUUUUUUCCUGAUAAGAGCUUAUUUUGAUCAGGACUUCACCUUCGAUGAGUUUGCCACUGGUGCCAAACAGGCCUUUUCACAGGUGUCAAAGAUGCUUUCAGAGUGCAAUUUUGAUGAAUUGAAGGAUCUUGUAUCAAAAGAGGCAUUGGAGGAAGUGGAAGAAAAAUGCUUGGCUUUGCCAGUUAACCGCAGGGAGGCUUUAGCUGCUGACCUGGAUGAAAUUAUGUAUAGUACACCAGGUGAUGUUGGAAUUUAUUAUGAUAACCAAGGUAGAAAGUUUGUCAGCAUCAUAAUGCGUUACUGGUACCUUUCUGAUGCUGACCUUCCUGAUGAGACUCCUGAGGGAACUAAAGUGUUUCAAGUAGUCUUUGGUGAUGAAAGCAGCAAAGACAGUAAGCGCCUGCUCACAGCAAAUUAUGAAUUUCGACGUGAAUUUACACAAGGUGUGGAACCUGACUGGACUAUUACACGGAUACAGCAUUCUAAAUUAUUGGAAUAAUUCUUCUGAAAAUCUUACUGUAAGGAUGUUACUGUCUGUUUCACAGCCAACAAGAAAGACCUACAAGAUUGACCCCCUUUUGAUUUGUAAUUUUUUAAACCUGUAAAAUUCAAACAUUCUAUUCGAUCCUGAUAUUACAUGAAUGGCAUUUUCUAUGCUGUGUAACUGUUGUGAAUGAUAGAUCUAGAUUGUAAUUGAAGAUUUUGUCACUACAGAAUUGCAAAACCUUCAUUUUUUUUAUCAUGCAUGUGGUGGACCUCCUGACAUUUCUUCAAUUGAGUUUCAUUUAACGUUCUCAACAGACAGGAGUAAAUGGGUCUGGAUAAUGGCUGUCUGCUGGAACUUGCAAAUAAAGUGUCACUAGCUACACCAAAAUUAUAGCAAGUAAGCAGAAUAACACUAUUUGAAAUUGUGCUGUGGUGGGGAGAGAGGAGGAGAAAGGGGUUAAAUACAUAUUGUUAUAGGAUCCUGUAAAAUUUACAGCAGAAUAGAAGUUAAUGAGUAUAUUCCAGUAAACAAAUAUAUUUUUAAGCUCUUGAACAAAAUUACAAGAUAAUUACAGAUCUAGGAAACUAGUUUAUGCAUCAAGGAAUAUCCUGGAGUCUCCCAUUACAACAUCCAGUUAUUUCUCUCAUGAUUCCCAGCAUUUUUGGCUCCACUCUACUUGAAAGUGCAUUCCAUACCUUGUCACUGUGUGUGAAUUGAGUGUCCUGAUAUUGAUUCUAAAUUUGCUUUUGAGCCCUCUUCCCCACUCCCUUUGCUCUAGUCCUAGUCAAACAAUUCAUUUUUCCAGUGUCACCCAUAACUCAAACAUUUGACACUAGGAAUCAGUCUUGUUGGUCGUCUUAACACUGCAUCCAGUCAUUGAAUGUCUUCCUUGUGUCUGUGACCAGAACAGGACACAGUCAUCAAGCUAUGAUUUGAUCAGAGCACUGUACAGUCUGAACAAUAACUUCCUCUGACUAUUAUAUCACUGUUUUGGCUAUAUAAUUCAACAUUUUCUUGACAUCUUUAGUUGAUGUUCUGAAUUGAUUCGUCACAUUACCAUUUGGCCUAAUAAGCUUCCCAAGCUGCUCUCAACUUAUCCCAUCACUAUUUUAGCAUCUUUCAAAGAAUACAUAUGUUGCCUAUUUUUCCUUUCUCUGUGCAAUAUCUUACACUUUUCUGUAUUAAAUUUCAUCUGCCAAUUUCCUAUGCAUUUGCAUUCUGUUCAACUCAUUUUCUAGUUGUCCUUUGCUGUCUGAGGAUAGCCAGUUUUCCCACAAUAUUGUAUUAAUUGUAUAGCUCCCAAUGCGAACAAACAGUCCCAAUAUUAAUGGUCUUGCAUAAUUUUUCUUUCUCACCUGAAGUUGCUGCCUUCUGCAUGUCUUAGUUCCACUGGCAAUAACUGUCCUCCAAUACCUGAAAAAGGUGUUCAUGUAUAAGCUGUUUGAUUCUGUUUUCCACUGAUGCAGUUUUUCAGCAGGGACCACUGGAUGGUGAUCUGAUUGGAGCUAUGCAUUUUUUCCUUUUUAGCACAUGGAAAGCCAGUUGUUGUGUCCUACUAUCAAGCAGCUGAAUUGAUAAUCUGCAGAGUCUGCAGCCUUCUGCUCUGCAAUGCUGUUUUUCACAACAGGCAGUGUACUUAACAGCUGAAAAAAAUAAGUUUUCCAAUUGAACACUUUUAAUUGGAAGAUCAUCUGGUAGUCUAAACAGUGCCAGACUGUCAACUGAUUGAAAUGCAACACAAGAAAAUGUCUUUUGCCUGUUGUCAUCUUCCUACUUGUAGCAUUUAGCUGGUUCUUAAAUAAUUCCAGUGUCUGGUUCUUGGUCACUUUUCCUGGCAACACGUUGAAGCUCUUAAUCAAUCCCCUUUAAAAUAAACACUUCCUAAAUGUACUCCUCACAGUAAGACCUUUAUUGGGCAGCACUUGACAAACCAGUUGUCGUCAUCGACUAGUUUUAGGCAAAAACCUGCCAGCACCUAACAUGUUAAAUAGUCACCAGUUCAUGUUGGAUUCAAAUGUCCAGUUCUUGUUCAAUGUGGAAUGUAAGCAACUGGGUGAUUUUUUUUUUCCCUACAAGGAAUGAAGAGGUGAUUGACAAGUACAUUAACUUGUCCCUCUUCACAUUCUUUCCCCUGUACAAGGGGGAAAAAAUGACUAAGCUAUUCAGUCUGCGCUGCUAUCUCCUGAGACAAAGUUUCUGUUAAGUGUGCCAGGCUGGGUUCUCCAAAAUAUGGAAUUGGAGAUAUCUUGUGUAAAAUUUAUUCACCAUUUUAAGAUAAAACACUUAAAGGGUGAAAAUAGUUUAAUAUGUUCUUCACCUAAUCUCAAUAAUUGUGUAUGCAGUGCCCUUUUAUAAUUGUCUAUUAUUUAUAUGGUUGCUGCAGAUGCAGAUUGACUGCUUUCCAUUUAUUAAUGUAUUUUUGUUGCUCCCAAUGGGAGUAUUAUUGUCAGGGACUACUGUACUUAAAAUGCAGUGACAGAUUUACAGAAAAUCUCUUGAUGCUCUAACCUCCCCUUCCCAUGGAGAGAGUACUUCUAUUAAAUACUGUGGUUUGGUUUUAUGGGGUUUUUGUACAAAGGAAGGAAAAUGUCCGCACUUGUAGUCUACUUUGCAAAAGAUACAAAUAUUAAUUGAAGAUUGAAAAAUGUUUUUUGUGAAAAGUGCUUUCAAGUUGUACAAUCCUUCAACAUAACUCUUGUUGCACCCAGGGGUACAUUUGCCACUGCCCACGUUUGCACCCCAUCCCCCAUGAUUCCAAUUGUGAGCUGCUAUUCUUGACUGAAUUGCCUAGAAGCUAAUUCUACUGUGAAGAAACAAGCAGGUUAAUCCUGCACGGUCCUUGAGUACUGCCUGGUGGCUGAUAGGUAUAGUAUAGGAGGGUGGGGAUCAGAUAAAGCCCCUCUUUCAGCAAGGGUUGGGAAACUUGUGGAAUUAAAUUCAAAAGGAGAGAGUAGGAGUUCAACUGCCUAUAACUCAAUUUACUGAAAUGUAACCCAUUAGUAUACAGGGUUGAAAUAAACUUAAUUACACUGACUUUUUGGAAUUGGAAUAAACGUUUUCUGGGAGUUUUGUAACAGUGAAUUCUGAUAUCUGUCUAACGGUGCUAGCUUCUCUGAUUAUAUUCAUAACUAAGGGCUUGGAGCACUUGUGAUGGAAUCUACCAUUCUGCUUUUUUCACUGUCAAAAAUAGCAGAAUAUGAACCUCAUAAGAUACAACCACAGACACUGAUUCACUUUUUACUGUAGUUUUUUUGAUGUUUUCUAAAAUUUCAAGUGGCGAGUUCUGAUUUUUAAAAUCAUUUUUUGAGGAUGAAAAUGUGUUUUUAAUGAAUAAACCUGCUAGAAAGGAA